AUUAAUUUGAGGUAAACUAACACGCGAUAGUCAGCAGGGAGUUUAAAGAUAAGCGAACACGUUGUUGUCACGUGGAAAGCGUUUUAGCCGAAACAACUAUUUACCAAAGCACCUUGAAUGCAAAUCAUUCCCCCCCAUAAUAAUGGCACAUGUUAGUAACAGAAGGGAAUCCGAAACUACUCAAACAGCAAAGCUGGAUAAUACGAAGAGAAGCCCGCAUUUCAUUGGAUGACAUUUAUAGCUCAAUAAUUGAUAUUUACAAAAGAAAUCUCUUGCCAAGCGCCUACAGGGCUAAUCCACCAAAAAUAUACUUCUUUGACAUGACAAUUACAAAUCAAGGCAGCAAAACAUACAAAGGCCUCUAGAAUUACAUACUUGCCAUAUGUUUUCACAAGUGUUUCUUCGUCUUUGGAUCAGUAAGCUUGCUAAGCAGGAAAAAAAUCGCAGCCUGAUCCAGCUAAGUUUUGGAUCUCUUAAAAUCUCAUUACUUUUCUGCUGUUCACCCUUACUAACAUGAAAACUUAAACCAUUUCGAUAAUAUUUAUUGCUGUCUUUAGUAAAUAAGCACCGAGAAUCAACAGCAAUUAUGGCACAUUAAUUAAAACGAGCAACGUUCGAACCUUCACAAGGUUGCAUUUUGGAGAAAAUUGGAAGCAAAAACUUUCAAAGAAUCUUUCAAAAAUUCUACUCUCGGCAUGAAAGGAAACGAGAUUUGAAAGCUUCUUAUCUUUGGGAAAUUUCAAAUUUCCGUGACUCACUUUUACUAUCUGAAGCUUGUAAUCUGCUGAGUUAUUUUGCCUGCUGAAAUGAUUUCGUAAGUGCGGAACUGAUAAGACAUACAUGUACAUGAAGUAUUUGUAGAAUGAUUUGCACGAUCAUUUCAUUCCCUAAGAGGGUGGAUGAUUUAUCUCUCAAGCAAACUGAUCAGGCAAAAGUUUCAGAUGUAAAUUUGAACGAGAGUAAUCCGGCAACAACUACUGUAAAACGUUCAACUUAAGAAACAGUCAGUGCGCGUUUUGGAAAGGCGAUUUACAUAUCCAUUAACAGCUCAACACUUCAGCAAUUUAUCACAUACUUAUGUCAAUCACUAAGAACGUAAAGACCACACAACAAAAGCACUUCUACGAGUCACUGAUUCCGGAUCAUCUUUCUUGCUAAAGUAGUCAUUUUCUUCAAGGGCAAUUCUCUUUGAUUAGGUCUAACUUCGUUAAUUUAUAGCGGGGAUAUGUCUUCGUGAGAGACCGAGCGUUUCAUAUCGCAUCCGAACAACUAGCUUACCGUGUAAAGAAAAGCAAAUCAACACAAGUGCUAGUUACAUUCCUCUGGCACGUAAAUGUAAAUCAACUUCUUCAAGCUGCGAAAAUCUUAAGUCAGAAUAAGCCUUCUUAGCCGUUUCGUGAGGGGACGCAAAAAUUUCCGAUUCCUGCAUGUUGAAAUAACUUGAAAAUGUUAGAGGGGGACAUAAAGAGUUUAACGCGGGGGGCCUUGUACUGAAGUUAACAGCAUGAAAAAUUUGGAAUUAAAACCACGUGUGAGCUCUCACGUUAUGUUUUUUUCUCCUUUACAAUUGUUGAUGUACUUUUCCCUCGAGACUUCAAGUCACCAAAGUGACGCAAACUGGUGAAAUAGUGCGUACCAUCCAGCGAUACAAGCGUAGAUAAACUGUAAUUGCUGUUGACAAUGCCCAUUGGUUUGCGUGUUUUAUUAGUCGUCCAACUGUCACUGCAGUAUAUAAACAAGGAGGUCAUCUUAAAAUUACAACUAUUGUGUCCCCCUGGUGCACUACUCUAACUCGCCACACUCUGGUGGUCACAGUAAAUGUUAUCCAAAGUGACCGUUUUUAAACUUGUGAUAAAAUCAUUCCCACUCGCUCUCGAGACCGGUGAUAAAAUCCUUUUGAUAUUGCGCAGGUUGUUCCGUGCCUCCGCUACCGUGCGUCCGUUUGCGGUUAUCGUAGAACCUUAUGCGGGCGAGGAAAGCAAAACCAAAAAGAACACAUCCUAACCGCUUAGCUCUCACAGGAGUUUAAACCGUGCUGGCAAAACAUGGACUUCGCGAGGCUGGUAUUAUGCAGUGAUAAUGGGUUUCCACUGUUAGCACCACAGGACUUUAUCGGCUUCUCUAAUCCAAGGAAAUCAGUUAAAUCACUUCCAUCCCAUGCCAGAAAUCAAUCAAUCUUCAAGGUCUCGAUUCUAUAUUGCUGAAGGGUUUUACCAAUGUGUUCAUCGGAAAGCUAAAAGACAGCGGCUGCUAGUCGUGUGAGAAGACUGAAGCAUAAUUCCAUGUCGGGAAAAACCAGCGUAGCCAACUGUAAAUUGUAAUUGACUGUCAAUUAGCCAGUCGCAGCUUGACUGACGGGCAGUGGUGUUUCUGUUUAACUAGUAACACCGCCCCCUCAUCCGAUUCUAUAUAGAAGCUAUUUAAAUGGAAUGCCCGUGACGCCACUACGCAAACUGAAUCUUGAAUACGGCGCAAACCUUUCUCAUUGAUUUGAACGCGUACCAUAUGCUACCGUAAGGCACAGGAGCCAUGUUGGUUCACCGUUUUGGUCUUGGUUUAAUGUUUGCGCAUAUCGUUUACUUAUCGGCAAUUCCUAUUCUCCUUGACAACAAAAAGAAAACUUCUAGUCUUGCCGAUGACUCGGUUGGUCUCGAGCCCUGGGAAGUAAAUCAAGAAGUGAUUGGCCGUAAAGGUAAUAAGGCUUUUUUUGACGGAUGGACUCUAUACCAGGGAGAUAUCGUUUUAGACUGGAAAACGCGCCUUAUUAUCCAAGGAGGACAUAUCCGAAGGAGACGAGCUGUUAAAAAAUCACAGACAUCGCGAUGGCCAAACGGAGUGAUACCUUAUGUUGUAGACAGAAACUUAGCCUCGAAAACCAAGAGGGAAAUUAAAAAAGCUCUAAAGCAUUGGAGAAGAAGGACGUGCCUGCAUUUCCGCCAUAAGCGAGACGGCGAUGUCGAUUAUAUUCGCUUUGUUUAUGAAGGAGGAUGCUGGUCGUACGUGGGCCGGGCAGGAGGGGAACAGAAAGUUUCAGUAGGUUCUGGUUGUGAAUUCAUGGGAACCAUCAUCCACGAAAUUGGUCAUGCUGUAGGUUUGUGGCACGAGCAGAGCAGGCAAGACCGUGAUCACUACAUCAGGAUAUUCAAGGAAAAUAUUCAGCCAGACAUGUUUGACCAGUUUAAUAAGAUGCCAAGGAAGGUAAUGGAUUCUAUGGGUUACGAAUAUGACUAUUUCUCCAUCAUGCAUUAUGGAACAAAGUUUUUCAGUAAAAACGGAAAAGCAACCAUUAGAAUUCGGAAAAAGGGAAGGAGGAUUGGGGCCCAGAUCGGACAACGUAGGAGUCUAUCGUGGAUUGAUGUCGCACAAGUUCAUGCCAUGUACAAUUGCAAUAAAUUACCAUCGACGGAAUCGAAAACGUGCUUCAAUAGUACAUCGGGAGAUGGAAGAGAAUACCGAGGACAGCUUAACUACACUGAGAAAGGCGUCAUGUGCCAGCCAUGGAAUGAAAGAUGGCCGCAUGAUCCCGAAGAGAGGAAAAUUCGAAACCAAAAUAGAGAGGGACUGGGUAAACACAAUUAUUGUCGUAAUCCUCGUGGUAAACGCGCGCGGCCAUGGUGCUACACGACACUUAAAAGGCCUGUAUGGCAGUACUGUGACAUUGUGAUAUGUAAUCGAACAAUUAAAAAGCACAGAGAGGACACUUGAAGUAAAAGCCGCGAACGCUUGAGAUGGUGAAUGGUGCGCGAGCGUUUUUGUAGCAUCUAGUAUCUGCGUGGAUCGCUCAGCUUGAGCCCUAUGCUAAUGGUUCCGCCUGACCUAACAUGGAAUCCUCAUUCGCGUGCGACAAAAAACUGAAUGAGGACAAAUUACAUGUCGCAAGAAUUAAUCAAUGUCUUUGGAAAGGCACUGAAUCCAGUCAUCGAGUGGAGCUUUGAGAUCUAACUGACUUGUACAGAAAAUAGCGAUAGCUCUCUUUAAUUUCAAUGAAGACAAUUUUAUAGACCUUCAAGAGACAAAGUAUAUUCAACAUCGGUGAUGAAAGGCAAUUAAUUUUUUUACAGGAAACCCAGGGCGUCAAAAAAACACCGAAAACGCAUGUGCUUGGAGAGCUGCGGUUUGAACGUGUAAAUAACCCGUGAUCCCAUCGACCUUGGCCUCAUGCCGGCGAAUUAAAAAUGAAGAACAUCGCAGCAUUUUCCGGGUAUUUUAAUGACCCUCUAAAUAUUUCCAUGACUUAAAAUAUUGAGGCGACACUUAUGUUUUCGUGAUCAUGGCUUGUUACACUAUGUUAUCAUUUGUCCUGGCGAAACGUUCAACUUGGAUUUCCAUAUCAAUCGGGGUUUAACGUAGGCGAUGUAGUAAAAUUAGGCCAAAACCUUCAAUUUUAAGGAUCUAACGAUGAGCAUGCAAACCAAAGUUAUUCUUGGCAACAAGUUCUAUUCACACCACUUUAUCCUGUGGUUUUGACAACUGCCUCCCGGCUAGGUCCACCAACUCGAUAUAAGCUUUUGUUUAAGGGAUUUACAAUAUUUUUGGCCAACUUGUAAAUUUUGUGGCGGUAUGUAAUCAAGGGUUUUGUUACGACAAUUCAAGGAAGUUUCCAGGCGAGGCGUAGGAUAUCCAACAUCACGUACGACCCUUCACUUGGUGAUAGUCGCCCGUGUGUUGAAAUCAGAGUGGGUUUUGCUUUGUAAGCAUUCCUGUAAUCAUUGCCAAUUAUUAUGACGCAUUUCACCCACGCCUGAGUCUUUGUCUUAACCGGAACAGACUCGAAAUCUUCUGUAUGUAUACUGUAAAGACAACUUUAAAUUAUUGAAUGUUCACUUUUAUUAUACAAAAUUUUUGGCUCUCACUCCCGGGUUUUAAUGUGAAUUUGAAAGAGAAAUCUAAUGUGACCCCUUUUUUUUUCGUUGUGCACUUGAGUUAAAGAAAACAACGCACUUUGAUAACAAGAACCUUUCUUUGUCUUAAUAGUUGUUUCCACAUGUUAAGAAUAAUAAUUUCGUUUUUUCUUUUAUUAUUGUCGUCAAGGCAGUUUCAACCGUCUAUUGAUUUCAUACUAAACUUGGUAACUUAUAAACUGACAUCCUCUCUGAGUUGAAAUGUCAAUAUGUAAAUGUCGCUAAGAAAGUUGAUGGGAAGAGUAAAAAUAACAUCGCGUUAAUUACGGAAUGGAUAUUUAUGAGCCAAAAAUCGUAAUUCCAUUCAACCCAGUAUUAGUAUCCAAAAUUUAUCAUCCUCGAACGAUAGGUUAUAAGAAAGACAAAUAGUUUAGUUUAUUGUAUGGAUAUAGACAUGGAAAGAAUGAGAUGUCGUGUUAAAAUAAUAUAUGUUUAAUUUCAUUAACUCACUCAUGGUUAAAGGAAUAAAAUGAUGUACAAUAUUGAA